AAUAUUAAUGCUCAAAUCUACACACACACCAUCACACACACACUGGAGAAGUCAUGUAUCAUCUACUGCUAGAAUGAAGGAACAUUAAUAUGGAUGGUUUUAGGAGAUUGAGGGCAGGUUGGUGUUUUCCCACCACACUGUUGUGUGUUUAUGGAUUUUUCAGCUCAGUGAAACCGAUAGAACCAUUUCUCAUCAGCUACAUGACCGGACCUGAUAAAAACCUCACCAUCGAGCAGGUGACCAGUCAGAUUUUCCCGGUGUGGACGUACUCGUACCUGGCCGUUCUGCUUCCCGUGUUCCUGCUCACAGACUGGCUGCGCUACAAACCCGUGAUCGUGGUCCAAUGUUGCGCCCUUUUCCUGACCACCGCGUUGUUGCUAUGGUUACAGGGUGUCGGGGCGAUGCAAGCGAUGCAGUUCGUCUACGCCGUGGUGACGGCGUGCGAUGUGGCGUACUUCUCCUACAUUUACAGCGUGGUGGAUUUGCGUUUUUACCUGAAAGCCACUUCGUUCUGUCGCGCCGCUCAGCUCGUCGGCUACACUGUGGGUUCCGUCACAGGGCAAGUCCUCCUUUCGCUCAAACUCACAUCGUACUACUACAUCCUCGUGCUCACGUUAGUGCUCAUCUCCAUUUCCUUCGUCGCUGCGUUCCUCCUUCCAAUGCCCAGCACCAGCAUGUUCUUCCAUCAAAGUAAACGGCAGGAGAAAGGAGAAGGUCUGAAUCAGGUGGAAAGCUGCAUGGAGAGCAGAAAGACGGUCGGAGAGGUUAUGGAGGAUAAGCAGCAGGCCGAGGUCCUGGAAGAAGCUGGAGAACAUGUAGAGAAAACAGGUUGUAGUGAAACUUUGCUGCAUCUCUGGUUGGAUUUCCGCCGCUGUUUCUCCUCCACUGAGAUGCUGAUCUGGUCCGUGUGGUGGGCAAUGGCGACUUGUGGCUACAAUCAGACUGUAAACUAUGUUCAAGCUCUGUGGGAGAGCGUGGAGCCCAGCAAGAACGAGACACUCUUUAACGGAGGAGUAGAAGCUCUUUCCAACCUUUGUGGUGCAGCUUCGGCGUAUGGUGUUGGAUUUACUUCUGUUAAUUGGUCUCGUUGGGGUGAACUGGCUCUUGGCUCUCUUUCCGCCCUCAGCAGUGCAGCACUCUAUGUCAUGGUUUUCAUCCCAAACAUCUGGAUCUGUUAUGGUGGCUACAUCGUCUUUAAGAGUCUCUAUAUGCUGCUCAUUACCAUUGCCAUGUUCCAGAUUGCUGCUGGUCUGUCGGUGGAGCGAUAUGCCCUUGUUUUUGGAGUCAACACCUUCACUGCACUCGUUCUGCAGACAAUUCUCACAUCCAUUGUUGUGGACAGUAGAGGACUCGGACUGGACGUCAUUACACAGUUUAUCAUUUAUGGCUCAUAUUUCUGCCUUAUCGCUCUGAUCUUCUUCGCAAGAGGUUUGUACACUCUGUACCUACAGAGGACAACCCAGAACGUCCCAGACACACCCGCUGAUGGAGAACCGGCAUUCAUUUACUCAGUCAAACUCUAAAGUAGAUGUUUAUAUUGAAAAUAAUUUGCAAUAAACAUUUUAAUCAUCUGA